AUGGCUAAGGGAGACGCAUCGAAGCCAAAGGCGGUGCCCAACAAGCACUUGCAUUCGCGCAUUUCCUACCUCUACCAGGCCGCCACCUACCUCGCCAACCAAAGCGGCCAGCGCGCCGAGCAGAGGAACGGCGGAAAUGCUGGUGAUCCCGGCCAGAACGCCUUUCCUCCAGGCCUGCCCUUCUACUAUGCGUCACAUCUCCACUCGGUCUCCAUGAAGUCGCAAAUUCGGCUCUCACAAGACGUCAAGAAUUCCGUUUGUAAGCGCUGCAAUGCUAUUCUAAUCCCUGGGAACACGUCCUCAAGCAAGAUUGAGAACCUAAGUCGGGGAGCCAAAAAGCCUUGGGCCGAUGUACUCGUUGUCGAGUGCAACGUCUGCAACGCACAGAAACGCUACCCUGUCGGAGCUAAGCGGCAGCCCAAGAAGAGCGAGAAAGCAAGGCCAGCAAGCAUGAGAGCCGACAAGGACGUGACCGAAAACAUGGAAAUGGAGAAGCGUUAG